GUCACUGGAUUGGCGUCUCGACGCACUUCUGUGGUGCGGUUUGCCGCCACUCCUUGCAAUCGCCGUGUGCUUUCAGGCGCCAGUGGAACUGCUCCGCUCUAUCCCAGCAGCGGCAUCCAAGCGCAGUGCGCAAAAGUCGGAAUCCAGUGGAAUGUCCGGCUCAGAAAUCUCAGGCGCAAUCAAGCUGGCGACGUGCUUUUUGGCCUGUGGCUGUGGCUCCUAUGGUCUCAGCUACUCUGCAGGAAAGCUGUCCGAGAACCUCUACACCAACUCUGUGCUGCUGAAUGGGGCUGAUAUCCUGGGCUAUGUGGCAGUGCUUGGGGCUGACGUCCUGGGCCGGAAAGCUUUCCAAAGCAGUAGCUUUUUCUUGGCCGCCGUAUGCUUGCUCUUCUGCGCAGUGCUGCAACCCGGCUGGAACCUCAUCGCUUGCGCGAUGGUUGGGCGGAUCUGCCUCAAUGUCUGUUUUACAACUAUCUAUGUAGCACUGGCCACGGUCUUCCCGGAGUCGAGCCAGAAGAAUGUGCUGCCACUCUGCCAGAUCACUGCGCGCGUGGGUGGCAUCCUCGCCCCCAUGUCUGGGACCCUCCCGGCUGCAGUGUCCUGUCCAGCCUUCGGCAGUUUGUGCAUGCUAGCAGUAGUAGCUACGCUGACCCUCCCAGAGAGGAUCGGGGAGGAAGCGUAG